GGCGGCCGGGCCAUGCGGGCCGUGGCGCUGCGGCUCCUGUGUCUGCUGGCGGCGGCUCGGGGGGCCGAGAGCCCCGGGCAGCCCGGCCCCGCCCGCGCCCCCGCCGGCUCCCCGGGCUCGGGCGGGCGGCAGCCGCUGGGCGCCACGUGGGCGCCGGGCCGGGGGCGGCCGGAGCCGGCGGGAGGCGCCGCCCGCAGACGGGCCAAGCGGGGCUUCACCUACCCGGGCACCCUCUGGUGCGGGGCCGGCAGCAACGCCGACAGCUUCGAGCAGCUGGGAGAACACCGAGAGACCGACAGGUGCUGCCGGGAGCACGACCACUGUCAGCACGUCAUCCACCCCUUCACGUACCAGUACGGCUACCGGAAUCUCCGCUGGCACACCAUCAGCCACUGCGCCUGCGACCUGCGGUUGAAAGGCUGCCUGAGGCAGGUGAAUGACACUGCCUCCCGCGUGGUGGGCCAGGCCUUCUUCAACGUGAUCCAGGUGCCCUGCUUUGAGUUCACCUACAGAGAACAGUGCGUGGAGCCCUAUCUCUACAUCUGGUGCAAGAGGUACAACACCGUGGCCAUAGCGGUCCCCCGGGCGCCGGUGCUCUAUGAGUUUGGUGGGGAACUGAUAGACCAAGUGGCAGCUGGCUCGGACAGGGCUCCCUCCAGCCCAGCGCCCCAGCCCAGCACUCCCCCACCUAGAGAGAGCACGGGCAGAUGGGCCUCUCCUCCGACAAAGCACCCACCCCCAGGCCAGGUUGUCACACGGGCUAUGGACAGCUCCCAGAAGUCUGCGCCCACUGGGCCCAAGCCAGAGAGCCCCACCAAGAACCAGCGGAAGGGGAAAGGGAAGAAGAGAGGGAGGAAAACCAUGAAAGGAAAAGGGCUGAAAAAGAAGAAAGUCCAUUCCAAAGUUGAGGUGCUGGGGCUCCCCACCCCCACUGCAGAUGCUGCCUCCCUCCUCCCUAAGCAUCUGGGGCUGGGGGAGUUGGGAAACAAGCUGCUGGACUCUGGGGGGAAGGAGGAUGCGUUCAACGCCAUCCUGAAUGAUGCCCCCAUCCGGGAGGAGACCCUGACUCCACACGGGACAGCGCAGGCUGAAAACAGUGACCGGGGGCAGUGGAAGGGAAGGCCUUUACCUACUCUCCAGCCCACGUUCCCAGCUGCCAGCAGGAGGAAGAGGAGGCGGGAAAGAAAUGGAAGGAAGCGCCUGAGAAAGAAAGCGGAGUCUCUGCCCAGGCCUCUCUGAGACUCACUGCAGCCAAGGCUGCCCUUCCCCUCGUCCCCAAGAGGGCAGCUUGCCAGUGUAAUAAAUUAGCUCAAUGCAGCAGAUGGUACCAUGCUAGUGUUCUGUACCUAACCCGUCCAGCCCAGACCCUGCUGCUGGCGGGGUGUCCGUGCAGGGCCGACGAGAUGGAGCUCCUGCUGCAGGGAGUCCUCUGUGACUUGGCUGCUGCGUCACCAGCGCCGUUGAAAUGUUUGCCCAGGAAAGAGGUGAUUGCAAUUUAGUACAUUUGUAAAGAGGGCCAAGGAACAGGAAAGACUUGUGUCCCCCAGAUCUAAUCCAGCACGGAGCCAAAAGAACAAGAGAGCUGGGCUUAGCAUAGCCGAAUGGGGAGAGCCCUGCCUGCUACAGAGCGGAGGGCAUGGGCCAGAAACCCCUGCUCGUGCAGCUGCGGGGCGGCAAAGCCUGCCUGUUCCCCAUCGGAGCAGACCGGCAGUCACCAUGGCAGCACCCCUCUGGCCAUGCAGUGAAAGGCACAGUCCCUGCCCUGAAGGGUCUAGGCAAGAUGACAGUCCCUGGGGAGGGGUAGAAACAGACGAGGGAGAGCACGCGUGUGAUCACUGCACUAGUGUGCAGAGCUAAUGGUUGUUUUUAGCUGUUGCUUUCCUGAUCCCACCUCAGCUCCUGUAUUUCCCCUGCUGUUGCUCCCCUGCCCCCCAAAAUGGGUAAUUGCACCAGGGGUUCCCAAGAGAUACUUUGGCCCUGGUCCUUUUUGCUUUACUGAAGUUUUAGGGCUCAUGCUAACUGCCCCCUAGGAAGUAAACACCCACCCAGCCCCUGCUGGCACAGCAUAUACCCCCCUUAGUGCCAACACCCCCUUGCUUGGGUGCCUUUUAAAGUUAGACUACCAGAGGUUUCCCGGCUCCAGGGCCCGGAGCAUGCUGAUGGGGGCUGCUCUUCCUGCACACCCACAAAGAAACAACCCUGGUUGUGCCCCAGUGUUUGGAGGGGAAACAGCAGCACAAUGGGACCCUGUGAGAGCAGAUGCCAGAGAACUGGGCAGAGCAGAGGGGGAAAAUUCUUCAGGCUCCCAGCCCUUGGUCAGCUCUGAGGCCAGCCCAGCACUUAAAAGAAAAGCAAGUUCUGUGUGUUUCUGUGAACUGGGUGCUUGUUUGGCCUAGGCCAGGCAGACAGCGCCUUGGGCUUUGAGAAAGGAUCCUGUUUGGUCCAAGUGUUGGACCAUGAGAGGCGCGCAGGUUAUUAAAGAACUAGGCUAAGUUAC